AUGACAUCGCCGGCGGUCUUCGUGUGUUUGGCACUGGUUUACUCCGCAUUUGGUGUGCCAUCAGAACAAGUAGCUGAUCAUAAAUGGCUUAAACGCAUGCGCACAAUGGAACAAAACAAGCUUCAAACCGAUUUAAUGGAAUCAAGGACCAAUGUAUAUAAUCCUAGGGUAGAAACUAAACUUAAAUAUGAAACUAGUAGUUAUUUAGAACAUAGAUCUGAAGUCAGAAAAUUUGAUGACAUUUACACAGAAGACGAUAAAGACGAAGUUUUUGGAAGGAAUUUAAAUAUACAUAAAUACAUAGAUAAUAGCAAUAAGAAUAGAAAUAAGAAUUUUCUAAAUUUUUUACCUAAACAAAGGGCGAAGAGAGCUAUCGAACCAGACAAAAGAUGCACCGAAUUCUAUUAUAACCCACUCAAGUCGUAUAUACAGCAUCCUCAUGAAGAGGGUAGCAAAAAUAACUAUUAUUAUAGUGACUUGGAUUGUGUUACAGUGAUAUCAGGUAGUGAAGGAACAGUGAUCGAACUCACAUUUGUUGAUAGAUUUCAUGUGGAGUAUCACCCACAAUGCAGCUAUGAUUAUCUCGAAAUUCGAGAUGGCUCAAGAGGUUAUGCCAAAUUGCUUGCUAAAGUAUGUGGAGAAGCCUUUCCUCGUCAGAUCACCACAUCAGGACCUUAUGCUUGGCUGAAGUUCCAUUCUGAUGACACCAUUGAAUACGAAGGAUUCCAGAUCAACUACAAAUUUAUACAAACCAGUAGAAGUUAUAAAGUACCAGAAGCCUGUUACAAAGAAUUUUUAGAUGUAUCUCACGGUUUGAUAGAUUCGGAUUCGAUUCCAGAUGGAUGCAAGACGGGAACUAUAGAUAUGCUUUGGAAGAUCCAAGUACCCCCUGUUAAUAAGAUUUAUCUCAACUUCACGCAGUAUACUUUAGCGAAGCCUAACGAGUGCGAGGAAAAUUUUGUUCAAGUAUUCGGAAACAAAUUGGAGUAUGACGCCAGGCUUGCUUUUUACUGUGGGUCAGUCGCAAACCCUGUAACAACAAAGGACAGUGAUGCGAACGAUCCAGAUAGCCAAAUCAACAUAAUGUAUGUUCGUUUGUACGCAACAGUAAGCCCAACAAUCAAAGCUAACUUCACUGCGUAUAGGACUGUAGACCCUAGUAAAGAUGAUAAAUGCAAAGAAGGAGAGUUCGACUGUGAAGACAAUACAUGCAUCGACGAAGUCCUGAGAUGCGAUCACUAUGCCAAUUGCCGACUAAAAGCUGAUGAAGAAAAAGAAAUAUGUGAUCUAGUGACGGAAUCAAUGUUCAGUCAGACACAUAUUAAAGUGAUCUUGAUCAUCUUCUGCCUCAUCCUCUCAGGCAUGAGCUUUGUCUUCUUCUUCAAAUGCAUAAGGAAGUUGUACCAAGAUCAUAAAAUUAUAAAGGAACACAUACGUCAAUCAUGUGAAGAUCGUUUGGAUACUAUGGUAGCUAGUCGCCUCACGCUCGACGCAAAAAGACUCCAACGUGACAGCGAACCCCGAGCCAGCCUGGAUCGAGAUAACCAAACCAAUGAGAUGUUUAAGCAGCAAAGGAAAUUAUCUCAGCAAAAAAUACGGCCAACAAGUAUCGACUCCGAUUUUAUCCAAGAAACCCAUCUCGAUCUUGACGAUGAACCAUGGCGACGUGACGUGAACUCCGUCCCAGACUCGGAAGAUGUUAGAAUAGAACGUAAUGGAAGAACAAGAAGAAGUGAUUUAAGUAAGAAAGAAGAAUUAAUGAGGGCAAAAACUGAGAGUGUGGAGAAAAAACAAAUUAGGGAUGUGUCUGUUGGAGCUCCAGAUACGAAGGAAUCUGGUUGCCAGACAAGAGAGAGUUUGUUCCAAACGGAUCCAGCCAUUAGUUCAGAUGGAUCAGGAACAACAAACAGCAGAGGUUUUUCGACUUUUGGUUAUUCUGGAGCUACUAUAGUAAGACCGUCGCCGCCACAAACCAACACUUCUCAAAUAACGAUAGAGUUGUUGAGGCAAGCCACAGAGCAGGAAGAUAAACCACAAAAGAAGUUUCCCGACCGACGUCCGAUGAGUACAGAAACUACUCGAUCAGCACCUGAUGUCAUCAUCGUAUCCAAGCCGAUUCGC